CCUCUGAGAAGCGCAUUUUAAUAUUUAGAUCAAACAGCGAUUGGAAUACAUUAAUGCCCAGUGGGUAAGCGUGUCGUUUGGAAGCAGCUGCUGAGCCUUCUCCCUGCUGCUCCAAUUAACACAUACAGCACACUCGGUUGGCAAGAGGGCUGUGCAUAUGGAUGAAACCACUUUGCAGAUCACUAGCAGGGCUUGCCAGAGAGCCCUAAGGGUUAAGCAGCCUUCUCUUUUCCGAAACUGUAGCUUUCUAGGAAGCUUUCCACGCUCCCGCUGUGCUUUGACCAAAGGAAUGCUAAUAGGAGUAGGUAGGAUUAGCAGGUGAGGAAACCCAGGGCGUCCCUAGCUUUGGUUCAGCCCUCUGACUAGCGCCCUCCCCCACCCCGCGCGCCCCUGGGAUGGAGGUGUUGGGUAGUGACAUUUUAGAGCUGGGACGCCUCUUGCUUGAAGCUCAAUCUCUUGAACUUUUGUUUGGUUUGGAAACAAGUUAAAGCCCACAGCCUUGCUGUUUUCCCCUCCUUUUAAGUGUUAUAUUACUUUUAUUAUCAUCUUACUUUCUUUCUCUGCCCCACCCAUCCUUUAAAAAAAAUAGUAGAUUUGACAGUUUCUUAAGCUAAAUGAGAAGUCUCAUUUAGGUACUCCCAUAUCGCUGUUAUGUUUUCCCCUGCUGUGGCUGAACUCUCGGCCCGGAUGGGCACAGGAAGAAAGGCUGGAGGGUAAUGUGUCCGGGUCCCUGGGCUUGGUGAGGGGCAUUCAUGCUUCAGCGCCUUGUGGAGCAGCUGGGCUGUCCGCUCUGCUGCUGGCUGUGCCGCGCUGCCCGGGGAGCCAGUCAUGGACCGCUUCCUGGGAUUUGUCAAACAGAUCCGGAGAUCUAGGAGAAGAAAGGGGAAAAAGUACCGUCCAGAAGAGGAUUACCAAGAGGGCUAUGAGGAUGUCUAUUACUACGCUUCUGAGCAUUUUCGAAAUGAGAGUCCCUACACUAAAUCUGCCAGCCAGACAAAGCCGCCCGAUGGAACGUUGGCUGUGAGGAGACAGAGCAUCCCAGAGGAAUUCAAGGGCUCCACCGUGGUGGAACUGAUGAAGAAGGAAGGAACCACGCUUGGCCUGACGGUAUCGGGAGGAAUUGAUAAAGAUGGCAAGCCACGAGUGUCCAACCUGCGGCAGGGAGGCAUUGCCGCCAGAAGUGACCAGCUGGAUGUGGGUGACUACAUCAAAGCCGUGAAUGGGAUCAACCUGGCCAAAUUCCGACACGAUGAGAUCAUCAGCUUGCUGAAAAAUGUUGGGGAGAGAGUGGUCCUGGAGGUGGAAUACGAGCUUCCGCCGGUCUCUGUGCAAGGAUCGAAUGUGAUGUUCCGAACAGUGGAGGUCACUUUGCACAAAGAAGGCAACACCUUUGGUUUUGUCAUACGAGGUAGGUGGGGGUUAAAAACACGGGAGAUUGGCGUGUGCACAUAUAAUGGCAGCUGGACGAAGAAGGUGCCCUCCGGCUCUGGGGAUAUAACACAGAAAAAUAUGAAGUAUCAAGCUAGCGUCAAAUCCUUUAUCUUUUUGUUUGUUUACUGGUUUUAUCUUUUGUUGUUUCCUAAAAUGCAUUCUUUAACAGAUUCCGUGGCAACAGCAUCCGGGCCACUGCUAGUUGAAGUUGCCAAAACUCCUGGUGCCAGCCUUGGGGUUGCCCUAACUACCUCUGUGUGCUGUAACAAACAGGUCAUCGUCAUAGACAAAAUUAAAUCUGCAAGCAUAGCAGACAGAUGUGGUGCGCUCCAUGUGGGAGACCACAUCCUGUCCAUCGACGGCACCAGCAUGGAGUACUGUACACUCGCGGAAGCGACCCAGUUCCUGGCCAACACCACUGACCAGGUCAAGCUGGAGAUUCUUCCACACCACCAGACCCGCCUGGCCCUGAAGGGACCUGAGCAUGUGAAAAUUCAAAGGAGCGACAGACAACUACCCUGGGACUCCUGGGCCAACAACCCGUGCAGCCUUCACACCAACCAUCACCAUAACACGCACCACCCAGACCAUUGCAGAGUGCCAGCCCUGACCUUCCCGAAAGCGCUUCCUCCAAACAGCCCUCCCGCUAUGGUGUCUUCGUCCUCUCCUACCUCGAUGAGUGCAUACAGCCUGAGUUCCCUGAACAUGGGGACUUUACCUCGGAGCCUCUACUCCACUAGCCCACGAGGAACCAUGAUGAGGAGGAGACUGAAAAAGAAAGACUUCAAGAGUUCAUUGUCUUUAGCCUCUAGCACUGUGGGAUUAGCUGGACAGGUUGUUCACACGGAAACCACGGAGGUUGUGCUGACGGCUGAUCCUGUCACGGGCUUUGGGAUCCAACUGCAGGGCAGCGUGUUUGCCACGGAGACGCUCUCCUCCCCACCUCUGAUUUCCUAUAUUGAAGCUGACAGCCCAGCAGAGAGAUGUGGGGUGCUACAGAUUGGGGACAGAGUAAUGGCCAUCAAUGGAAUCCCAACAGAAGACAGCACCUUCGAGGAAGCCAAUCAGCUCCUGCGAGACUCGUCCAUCACGAGCAAAGUCACACUGGAAAUUGAGUUUGACGUCGCAGAGUCUGUCAUCCCAAGUAGCGGAACAUUUCAUGUGAAACUGCCUAAGAAGCACAGCGUGGAGCUUGGAAUAACCAUCAGUUCACCGUCCAGUAGGAAGCCAGGGGACCCUCUUGUCAUCUCAGAUAUCAAGAAAGGCAGUGUGGCACACAGAACUGGGACUCUGGAACUUGGAGACAAAUUGCUUGCAAUAGAUAACAUCCGGUUGGACAACUGUUCCAUGGAAGAUGCGGUCCAGAUCCUCCAGCAGUGUGAAGACCUGGUGAAGCUCAAAAUCCGCAAAGAUGAAGAUAACUCAGAUGAGCAAGAAAGUUCGGGAGCGAUUAUUUACACGGUGGAGCUGAAGCGCUACGGGGGGCCCCUUGGCAUCACAAUUUCGGGAACUGAAGAGCCCUUUGACCCUAUUAUCAUCUCAAGCCUCACGAAAGGGGGAUUAGCUGAAAGGACUGGAGCGAUCCACAUCGGAGAUCGAAUCCUAGCUAUCAACAGCAGCAGCUUGAAGGGGAAGCCUCUGAGUGAAGCCAUCCACUUGCUACAGAUGGCAGGAGAGACUGUCACCCUGAAAAUCAAGAAACAGACAGAUGCCCAACCCUCAUCAAGUCCCAAGAAGUUCCCCAUCCCCAGCCACUCCAGUGACCUGGGAGAUGGUGAGGAAGAAUCCUCUCCGAUACAGAAGCCUGGCAAACUCUCCGACGUGUACCCCUCCACCGUGCCCAGCGUGGAUAGUGCUGUGGACUCCUGGGAUGGGUCUGGACUAGAUGCCAGCUAUGGGAGUCAAGGCACGACUUUUCAGACUACAGGAUACAAUUUCAACACCUAUGAUUGGAGGAGUCCAAAACAAAGAGGCAGCCUGUCCCCGGUCCCCAAGCCUCGAAGCCAGACUUAUCCAGAUGUGGGGCUGAGUAACGAAGACUGGGAUCGGUCCACAGCCAGUGGCUUCGCAGGGGCUUCUGACAAUGCAGAGGCUGAACAGGAGGAAAACUUCUGGUCUCAAGCACUGGAAGACCUGGAGACCUGCGGCCAGUCGGGGAUCCUGAGAGAGCUUGAGGAGAAAGCCGACAGGCGUGUAUCAUUGAGAAACAUGACUCUCUUGGCAACAAUCAUGUCGGGGAGCACUAUGAGUUUGAAUCAUGAGGCUCCAACGGCUCGCAGUCAGCUCGGGAGACAGGCCAGCUUCCAGGAACGGAGCAGUUCCCGGCCACACUAUAGCCAAACAACUCGCAGCAACACCCUGCCCUCAGAUGUGGGCAGGAAGUCCGUAACCCUGAGGAAAAUGAAGCAAGAAAUGAAGGAAAUCAUGUCCCCGACGCCCGUGGAGCUUCACAAGGUGACCUUAUACAAGGAUUCUGGCAUGGAGGACUUUGGGUUCAGUGUGGCAGAUGGCCUGCUGGAGAAAGGAGUGUAUGUCAAAAAUAUCCGCCCAGCUGGGCCAGGGGAUCUCGGUGGCUUGAAGCCUUAUGACAGGCUCUUACAGGUCAAUCACGUCCGGACGAGAGACUUUGACUGCUGCCUAGCGGUGCCGCUCAUAGCCGAAUCUGGCAACAAGCUGGACCUGGUUAUCAGCAGAAACCCACUGGCCUCCCAGAAGUCAAUAGAACAGCAGGCGCUGCCAGGAGACUGGGGGGAACAGAACAGUGCAUUCUUCCAGCAGCCCAGCCACGGUGGUAAUCUAGAGACGCGAGAACCCACUAACACAUUAUAGCAGUACUUUUAUAAAAACAGGACAAAAGACGAUCUCUAUAUGGUGCUAAAAACAAAACAAAACAAAA